AGGGCCGUCCCGGUCCGGGGGAGUCCGGUGCCACCUCGCGGCCCCUCGGAGCACUGCGCACGGGGCCGCGCGGCACGCACUGGAUUUCCCGGCCGGGACCUGGACGCAGACCCUGAGCUCACCAGCCUGGAGCCACCGAUGGGGGACACGGGGGGAGUUCGGGGGCCUCCGGGAUUUGGAGAGGCCUCUGGGGUCACACCCAGGCUUAGAGCUGCUCCUCCCCGUCGGGGUGGCGGCAGGGUCCGGGACUCCAGGUCGGGGGUGGCAGCAGCGAGCGGAAGCGUCGGGCCAGGCGGGAGCGGGCGGCCGAGGCGAGCACCAGCAGCGGAGGCAGCGAGAGGAAUCCCGACACGAUGAGCGCCGCAGAGCCGCGGUCGGACAGCAGCGCGCGGCACGCAGGGCGGGGCGCCGGGUGGACCUGAGGGCGGGGCGGACGGUCAGGCGGGGCGGUGGGGCCUCAGUUCCGAGACGGGGCCUGGCAGCAGGUGGACGGGGCGGGAGCUAAUCCCGGCUUCGGCUGCCUCUCAAGCUCACCAGCACCCCUCAGACAUGUAGGGAUGCGGGACGAUGACAGCGACAUGCACAGCUUGUUCAAGGGACGCGGUUGGAGACACGCCGGCCGGGACGGCUGCUGAGGCCCCCUGCAAUGCACGCCAAGCCCUGCUGCCCAGCACGUGUGCAUGCACUGGCACACGCAUGUGAAGAUUUCACGAUGGACUCUAGGGUCUCUGAGCCCCGGGAGCAGGACCUGACAGAGGCAGGGGCAGAGCAGGAACUGCGGUGGUUGGAGCUGGGCUCCGAGGAGGCCCCAGGAGCUGGGACAGAGGGGCCCAGCGCCCCACAGGCCUGGGGGCGCCUGCUGCAGGCCGUGUGGAAGGGUCAUGUGGGCCUGGUGACUCAGCUACUGCGGCAAGGGGCCAGUGUGGAGGAGAGGGACCGCGCGGGCAGGACCCCGCUGCAUCUGGCCGUGCUGCGCGGCCACGUGCUGCUGGUGCGUCUCCUGCUGCAGCGCGGGGCCCGGGCCAUAGCUGCAGACCGCGCGGGGCGCACGCCGCUGCACGAGGCCGCCUGGCACGGGCCCUCGCGGGCGGCCGAGCUGCUCCUACAGCGCGGGGCGUCAGCGAACGUGCGCUGUGGGGCCGGCCUCACGCCACUGCACUGGGCCGCCGCGCUGGGCCGCACGUUGCUGGCCAGGCGCCUGCUGGACGCACCGGGCCCGGGCCCUGCGGCGGUGGACGCACACGGCUGGAUGGCGACGCACUGGGCGGCCGCGGGCGGCCGGCUGCCGGUGCUCGAGCUGCUGGCGGCGGGCGGUGGCGCGGGCCUGGACGGCGCCCUGCUCGUGGCGGCCGUGGCCGGGCAGUCGGCAGCGCUGCGCCUCCUCCUGACGCACGGGGCGUGGGUGGACGCCCGGGACGGCACGGGGGCCACAGCGCUGGGUGUCGCUGCCGACCUGGGCCGCCAGCAGGACAUGGAGGUGCUACUUGAGCACGGGGCCGACUCAAGCCUCAAGGACAGGCACGGCCGCUCUGCACUCCACAGGGCUGCUGCCGGUGGACAUCUGCUCGCCGUCCAAUUGCUGGCCGCCUGGGGAGCAGACGUGGACGCUCGGGACACGUUGGGCCUCACCCCCCUGCACCACGCUGCCCGGGGAGGCCACAUGGAGGUCGCCGGCCACCUCCUGGCCAGGGGCGCGAAGGUCGACGCUGCUGGCUGGCUCCACGUGACCCCCCUGCAUCUUGCCGUGGAGCGCGGCCAUGGCUCCACCGCAGAGCUUUUGCUGAGCCGGGGGUCCAGCCCCACCCAGAGGACACAGUGGGGGGAGGUGGCCCAGGAUCUGGGGCCUGCCGUCUGUGGAGAGCAGGAGGUGCCCCAUGGGCCCCAGGGCUGCAGGGCCAGAGCAGGACCAGAGGCUGCAAGCUCCCACGGCCUUCAGGGCGUGCAGGCUCCUCUCUGCUGGUCUGAGGCCGCCUGCCAGGGUGCACGGGAGAACACCCCAGAGGUUCCUGGAGAAGAAGGAAGCAGUGGCUGGAGCCCGAGCAAGAAGCGUGUGGCUGACCUGGAACUAUUCCAGACUCCCAGGGCCACGUCAGCCCUGUAGCUUCAGCCCUGUGCACGCUCUUUGGCGGAGAGGCUGAGUCGUGGCCACAGAACUGACCAAAACCCGAUGGGCUCCUGUUUGUGCGUCCCCCACCGGGGUGUCAGCCUCGGUGCUCCCCCUGGGCACACCGGCACUCUUACUGUGUUUCCUUAGAUUCGGUAUUUGUCUCUUGGCACCCACUCACUAAUGACAGGGCCAGUUGUCCUCCUCUCCCCUGUUGUCCCGACCCAUGCCCUGAACGGCUGCCUUCUCUCACAUGCCCAGCUGACAUCCCCCUGCCCGAAGUCACCCAGGGCCAGGCCUGCCUCUGUGCACCAAGGCCCACUGGAUUAUCAAACAAACCAAUCAGAAGCUGUUUCCCUGCGCUGCCCUGCCUUUCCUGCGGGAACCCCAAUAAAGGCCUGAGCCUCCCCCGGGCCCCUGCUCUUACCACCCGAUCGACACUGCUGUUUCUGCCUGUGUCCCUGUGGGGCGUGGUGUGCCCUCCCCUCAGGACAUGUAAGGCAUAAAAAUCUGCUUUCAGGAGCUUCCCUCGUGGUGCAGUGGUUAGGAAUCCACCUGCCAAUGCAGGGGACACAGCU